AUGGCUCCAAAGGAGCUCCGCUGGCUGACCUACCUGCUGGCCGACUUGGGGCGCACGGGGCGCAUAGGGCAGCAGGGCAGCAGGGCGCACGGGGUGAACAGGGCUGCAGGACAGCAGGGCGCGCGGGGCGCACAGGGCUGCAAGGCGCGCAGGGCGCACAGGGCAGCAGGGCAGCAGGGCGCGCGGGGCGAACAAGGCUGCAGGGCAGCAGGGCGCGCGGGGCGCACAGGGCUGCAGGGCGCGCAGGGCAGCAGGACAGCAGGGCGCGCGGGGCGCGCAGGGCUGCAGGGUGCACGGGGCGCACAGGGCAGCAGGGCAGCAUGGCGCGCGGGGCGCACAGGGCUGCAGGGCGCGCAGGGCGCGCAGGGCAGCAGGACAGCAGGGCGUGCGGGGAGCGCAGGGCUGCAGGGCGCACGGGGCGCACAGGGCAGCAGGGCAGCAGAGCGCGCGGGGCGAACAGGGCUGCAGGGCAGCAGGGCGCGCGGGGCGCACAGGGCUGCAGGGCGCGUGGGGCGCACAGGGCAGCAGGGCAGCAGGGCGCGCGGGGCGAACAAGGCUGCACGGCAGCAGGGUGCGCGGGGCGCACAGGGCUGCAGGGCGCGCAGGGCAGCAGAACAGCAGGGCGCGCGGGGCGCGCAGGGCUGCAGGGCGCACGGGGCGUACAGGGCAGCAGGGCAGCAGGGCGCGCGGGGCGCACAGGGCUGCACCCUUCCCCCCACUGAUGCACCCGCAGCAGGGGGAUGGAGGAGAAGUGGGGUGCGGGGGGGGCUGGUGCUGCAGAUCCCCUCCCCCCCAUUGCUGCACCCGCAGCAGGGAGAUGGAGGAGAAGGGGGGGGGGGGGGGGGCGGCAGGGAGAGGGAGAACGAAGUUGGGGGGGGGGGCGGGUCCUCGGGCGACGUGGCCGCAGGAGACAGAGCCGCAGGCGACGGCGCCUUGGGCGACGAGUCCGCGGGCGACGGGGCUGGCGACGGGCAGCGGUUGCUGGAAUUCACGAACUCGCUGGUGGGUCUAGGGGCGAUGGGUGAUGGGCCGGGCCUAGGGGAGAAGGGGCCGAGGGGCGACCGGCCUAGGGGCAACGGGGCCGGGGCCUAG